CAAUGAGAGGAAAAUAAAGGCAAUUCUUAGAGCCAACGACUUCCCUAAUUGGACAAUUAAUUCACUAUUAGGCAAGGCCAAGGAACGUCUUGGAAAAAUCAUAGACGGAGAGCAGCCUACAAAAGGAAAAAUUUAUAAAUCGCUAACAUACAUACAAGGAUUCUCCGAAAGAUUUGGCAAAUCAAAUCUAUACGACAAGGACAAAUACCAUCUCGCAUUAAAAACAGGCAAAACUGUGAAUGAAUUAUUCAGCAAGACAAAAAGUAAAAUUAAAAAUGAGGAAAAAUCAAACGUGGUAUAUAAAAUUAGAUGUAACGGCGACAAGUCCAAUAUAUGCCCGAUGGCAUAUAUUGGCACUACCAUGACGAAAUUGAAAACUAGGUUAUCUGCACAUAAAUCUGACCAAAAAGCCAAUAAUAGACCAAUCGAGCAGAAAACUGCACUAGCAGCCCACUGUGCAUUGACUGGUCAUAAGCCAAACCUCAACGAUGUGGACAUCUUAGCUCAAGAGAAUAAUUACAGACGAAGAUUCACUCUCGAGAUGUUGCAUAUCAUCGACUUACCGCCUGACGAGAGAAUGAAUUUCAAGAAAGAUAUAGAAAGCUGCGCGAAGGUAUACCGCCACACAGUCAACAAGCACAGCAGAAGAGAACAUUUAGUUGCCAACAGACAAUAGUUCGUGUAACAACUCAUUAAAUCCUUGAAAAUGGUAGACGGAGUCUACCGAAAUAUUGGAGAAAAAUAAAAGAAAAAAACCUUAAAUAUUUGUGUUUUAAUGGACCUAUAGCCGAUACAAUACAACAAAAUUACAAGAAUUUUAAACCAGGUCAACAAUACCCUAACAGAGUAUACAUCAACGGGAGGCACGCCGUAAUAUAAAAACAAAUAAGAUGACAAUAUACAAAAACAUCAAACAAAAGUACAAUGAGCACACAUACAGAACGGCCCAGCAAUAUUCGAAACACCAAAAACAAAUAGCCAAGCUCAAAACAUCUGUAACAUUUUUAAUAAAAUGUAAGAGAACAGGCAUCAUACCAAACUUCAUAAUCAAUGCAACCAAACACACUAACAACAUCUUCCAAACACACAAAACCAAGAAAAUCCCGCCAAAUAUUGAGAAAACAUUACACAGGUACAUUCACAACUUUCACACGAAAGUAUUAAAACUUCUAAUACAAUACAAACACAAGCAAAUCCACUCUUUUAAAGAGAAAGUAGAGAAUACAAAGACUAAGCUAGGAGAACUACUGACUCAAGAUGAUUUCCUACAAUACCUCGACAGUGAGCUUACUCUCUACAAGGGCAAUGUUAGCAAGAGCAAGACAACACACAUAAAGAAACUACAGGCACUCACACAACGACAAGACAAGGCCCUCAACAUUAGACGCAACGACGUGUGGUUUGUGAAUAAAACAGAGCGAGAGAUACCAACGAACGUACAAUGGAUUCUCUCUUUAGGUCCGAAACACGCUCUCCCACACACCAACAAGAACUUUCCACUCUUGCAAGUCAUUGCAGAGGGAGAGGAGUGUGUACAAACUAUAGAGAAUAGAGAGGAACAGGAGAUGGGAAGAACCAAGCUUACAACAUUGAUAGACGAUCACUUACGAAAGUCAAAGAUGAGCAUGAGAGACAAAUAUGUGGUGGACACAGUGUCUCAAACGAGAAAAUAUUUAAAGGAGAAUGAGGAUUUAUUAAUUUUAACGGCAGACAAGGGAGGAAAGACAGUGGCUUUGUACAAAGAUGACUACGAGCAAAAAAUGAAGGCAAUAAUACACGAUAUGUGUAUGUAUAGGCGCUUAAAGAUUGACCCAACAUCUAGGCUACAGACAAGGAACAACAAAUUGGUGGAUAAACUUCACAACUUGAAUCUUAUCAGCAUCCAGGAGAAGAAUAAAUUGACCAGCAAGACCGCAUUGGCCCCUCGAAUAUAUGGACUCCCAAAGAUCCAUAAAGAAGGUACACCGUUGAGACCAAUAUGUUCAUCAAUAAACGCGCCGUCCUAUCAUCUAUGUAGGUACAUAGUGAAUAUUUUGAAAAAUAUCACCAAGGAUUCCAAAUAUAAUGUGAAAGACGCAGUGGACUUUAAAGCUAAGAUAAAGAACAUGACCAUAGAAAAUGACGAAGUUUUAGGCAAAAUUAUGUUGGUUAUGGUUGCUGGGUUGCUGGUUGGCCUAGACAGCAGCCGACUUCAAAGGAAUCGAGUCGACUUGAAUCGCAUUGAAUGGAAUAUAUAUGCCACAUUCACUUUGUACAAUCGCAGCCUUCCAUCGAAAUCCGCAUCUUCCGUAAGAGCAGUCAGCAUCCAACCACCAACAUCUAAGGUAACAACAUUGCCAGCGCACCAUUCAUUGAACAUUACCUACUACUACGGCAUCGUCGAAUCAUCGCGCCGUCGUUGUUUCGCAGUUCGCCAUGGCCAACAAUUUCAUUUCCUAUCCUUAGGAGCCUUCAACAAUUUCAAGUAA